CUGGUGUGUUGACUCACUGGAAGCUUCGGCUGUAGCUGUAGCCACUACCGCUGCCACUGGUAAAGUAGCUAGCGACGUUGUCGGAGUUUCCCCCCAAGAGCUGUUUCAGUUGACAAUAUGUCAAUAAUGUAGCUCUCGUCGUAGUCACACGCUGCAAUACAAGAAAGUGGCUGCCUGCACACGAAUUACGUACCAGGCUGAGAAGAAAACGCGACGUGGUUAACCUAGCAUUAGCUUAAGUUAGGAGAUUGAGAAGAUAAACGGCUGAAGUUCCAGUGGAGCGGGGUAAGAUGGGGAAGGCUACGCUGACCAGAGGUAACGUUAGCCUACGUAGCAAGGUAGCCGACUGAGAGCGAUCUGGCAGUAUGAGCGAUUUGAAAUGGAUUUCGUCCGCAAAUGAACUAUUAUUAUUUAACCGGCCAGCGGUUCGAUAGUGAGCUGUUAAGAGCGAGGCGGCGGCGUGUGGCCGGAGCUGUGAAGCUCUCGGUCGUCCUGGCCGCAGCGCCGGCCUACGUAGCUAGCACAUAGCUACCUAGCAGAUCGUCUGGCUCAUUCACCGUAGACGCGUGUUGUUAAUGGUCUCCCUGCCGGCCAUGGACACUGUGACUGACACGUGCCCUGCCGUGCAUCAGAAUGGGGCCGCCAAUCAUGAACCUCCAGACCCAAGACCAGCCACUGCUGUUCUGAGGCUUCACUUCUACCACAGCAGUCAGGGAGCAGCCGAAUGCAGCUUUCUCAGCUACCCACCUGGGGACUAUGUGGUUGAGGAGCUGUGUAUAGAUGCAGCCAAAGCAUGCAGUAUAUCGCCUCUGUACUGCAGCCUUUUUGGUCUUUUCCGAGAGCGGGACCGCUUGUGGUUCUCACCCAACCACAUCUUUCAGCUUGAUGAGUCGGCCUCUGAGGAUGUGUUUUUCAGAAUACGAUACUACUUCCCUGGCUGGUACAGUGGUGGUGCAUCCCGGGCUUAUCGAUAUGGUGUCACCAAAGGGAUGGAGAGCCCUGUUCUUGAUGACUUUGUGAUGUCAUACCUCUUCUCUCAGUGGAGGAAUGACUUUGUGAAUGGCUUAGUGAAGAUCCCCAACUCACAUGAGACUCAGGAAGAGUGCCUUGGUAUGGCUGUACUCGACAUGACAAGAACAGCCAAGGAGAGACAGAUGUCACCUCUGGACAUCUACCACACUAUAAGCUAUAAGUCCUUUCUACCAAAGGACAUGAGAGCUCAGAUCCAGGGCUGUAAUUUCUUGACACGUAAGCGAAUCCGCUUUCGCUUCAAGCGCUUCAUCCAGCAGUUCAGUCAGUGUCGGACCACAGCCCGGGAUCUCAAGCUUAAGUACCUCAUCAGCAUGGAGUCCCUGGAGAAGGCCUUCUACACAGAGACUUUUCAGGUCAAGGACCCGUCCAACGGACAGUUAGCCAUUCUGGUGGCAGCGGACACUGGUAUACAGUGGUGUCGAGAAAAAAUGAAGGAUUCUGAACAGGAGCUGCAGACCUUGUGUGACUUCCCUGAUGUCACUGACAUCAGCAUCAAGCAGGCCAGCAAAGAGGGCACGACAGAGAGCCGGGUGGUGACCAUGAACAAGCAAGAUGGCAAGAAUCUGGAGCUGGAGUUCCCCAGUCUGCUUGAAGCCCUCUCUUUUGUGUCCCUCAUUGAUGGCUACUAUCGACUGACCACGGAUGCACAUCACUACCUUUGUAAAGAAGUGGCUCCUCCAAGGCUUGUUGAGGCCAUAUCUUCUCAUUGCCAUGGACCCAUUUCAAUGGAGUUUGCUGUCAACUGGCUUCAGAAGUGUGGAAACAAGCUGGGGUUGUAUAUAUUGAGAUGUAGCCCUAAAGACUUCAACAAAUUUUUUCUGACUUUCCCUGUUGAGGUGUAUGAUUCUGUAGAAUACAAACAUUGCCAGAUAACCAGGUCUGCCAAUGGAGAGUUCAACCUCAGUGGAACCAAAAGGAACUUCAGCAGCCUACAGGAACUGCUCAGCUGCUACCAAAAGGAAACUGUGCGCUCAGACAGCAUCAUUUUUCAAUUCAGCAAGUGCUGUCCUCCUAAAUCCAAAGAAAAGUCCUGCCUUCUCGUGUGUAGGAGCAACAAAGGCUCAGAAGUGCCUCUCUCUCCAUCACUACAUCGACACAACAUUAGUCAGAUGGUGUUUCACAAGAUCAGGAAAGAGGAUCUGGAAUUUAUGGAGAGUCUUGGUCAAGGGACAUUUACCAAGAUCUUCAAAGGGGUCCGGAAGGAGCUCGGAGAUUAUGGACUUGUGCAUCAAACAGAAGUUGUCAUGAAAGUCCUUGACCAGUCCCACAGGAGUUACUCUGAGUCUUUCUUUGAAGCUGCCAGCAUGAUGAGCCAGUUGUCCCAUAAACACCUCAUCCUGAACUAUGGUGUUUGUGUCUGCGAAGAAGAGAACAUCAUGGUGCAGGAGUAUGUGAAAUUUGGCUCAUUGGACAUCUACUUGAAGAAGAACAAGAACUCCAUAAACAUUCUGUGGAAGCUUGAAGUGGCGAAGCAGCUGGCCUGGGCCAUGAACUUCCUGGAAGAGAAGCAUCUUGUCCACGGAAAUGUGUGUGCAAAAAAUGUUCUUCUGAUUAGAGAGGAGGACCAGAGGACUGGGAACCCUCCUUUCAUCAAACUAAGUGAUCCUGGCAUCAACGUCACUGUCCUGCCCAAAGAAAUCCUGAUUGAGAGGAUCCCUUGGGUGGCCCCUGAAUGUAUUGAGGAUGCUGCCAAACUGAGCCUGGCCGCAGACAAGUGGAGCUUUGGCACCACACUGUGGGAAAUCUGCAGUGGUGGGGAGAAACCUUUAGCCACGCUGGACAACUCAAAGAAAAUUCUGUUCUACGAGGAUCACCACCAGCUUCCUGCACCAAAGUGGACUGAGCUGGCCAAUCUGAUUACCAGCUGCAUGGACUAUGAGCCCACAUUCAGGCCAACAUUUCGUGCAGUUAUCCGUGACCUCCACAGCCUCUUCACACCAGACUAUGAGUUAAUCGUAGACAGUGACAUCCUGCCAAACAGGACAGCAGGCUGUGGCUGGGCAACCAGUGGUUUUGAGAAUCAGGAGCCAGCUCAGUUUGAAGAGAGGCACCUCAUAUUCUUACAACUGCUGGGAAAGGGAAACUUUGGCAGUGUGGAGAUGUGUCGUUAUGACCCACUUCAGGACAACACAGGAGAGGUUGUGGCUGUGAAGAAACUCCAGCACAGCACUGCAGAGCACAUACGAGACUUCGAACGGGAGAUCGAGAUCCUAAAAUCUCUCCAGCAUGAGAACAUUGUCAAGUACAAGGGUGUUUGUUACAGUGCAGGUCGCCGAAAUCUCCGUCUCAUCAUGGAAUAUCUUCCCUUUGGAAGUCUGCGAGAUUACCUCAUGAAAAACAAGGAGCGGAUUGACCACAAGAAGCUCGUGCAUUACACCUCUCAGAUCUGCAAGGGUAUGGAGUACCUGUCAACUAAGAGGUACAUCCACAGAGACCUGGCAACACGAAAUAUCCUUGUGGAAAGUGAGCUGAGAGUGAAAAUCGGGGAUUUCGGCCUCACCAAGGUUCUGCCUCAGGACAAAGAGUACUACAUGGUCAAAGAGCCGGGAGAGAGCCCCAUAUUCUGGUAUGCCCCUGAGUCGCUGACUGAGAGCAAGUUCUCUGUGGCGUCAGAUGUCUGGAGCUUUGGAGUGGUGCUCUAUGAGCUCUUCACCCAUAGUGACAAGAACUGUAGCCCUCCCGCAGUUUUUAUGUCCAUGAUGGGGAACGACAAGGAGGGGCAGUUAAUUGUCUAUCACCUCAUUGAGCUCCUCAAAUCAGGCAGCAGGCUUCCUCAACCCCUGGGCUGUCCUACAGAGAUGCAUGAGAUCAUGGAGGAGUGCUGGGACAAAGACCCCAGCUUGCGUCCUUCUUUCAACGAGCUGGCCCUGCGUGUCGACCUGUUCAGGGACAGUAAGGAGUUCUGAGAUCACCUGAAGUGCCCUGCUCCUCUUCAACCAAGACGCUCUUAAUUUCUUAAUAUCGUUGCCCUCUUUGUGGCAAAGGGCCAAAGCCAGGCCCUUCUCCCACUGGAUGCCAGCAUGUGGUAACUCUGUAACUGGAAGACAGAUGAUUCAGAACGGGGACCUGCUCAAAGACUGCUGCCAUGGUCCCUUUAAGCAAGGCACUCACCCUCAUUUUCAAUAGUGAAGUGGCUGAGUGAUCAUUGAUGGGACUUUUGGAGGUGAUGUUGAAAAAGAAGAGCGAAUGUUUGUGUUUGGUCAAAGUUUUAAAAGGACUUUGCAUAGACUGGGACUAUACUGUUGCCAGACCUAAAGCUAGAGAUAUUUGUGAGCGAGUGAGUGAGUGAGCGAGUGAGUGAGUGAGUGAGUGAGUGAGCGAGCGAGCGAGUGAGUGAGCAAGCGAGCUAGCGGGACUAGCUCUUGCCAUCUCCUUGUCUCAACAAGAGUGACGGACUAAUGUAGUGUUUUCUAUGUGUGUAUAUAACCGACAAUAUAUUUGUGUAAAUAUGUCCAGAAAUUUUUUAAUUUUAUAAAAUGAAAAUAUAGUAAAUACAGUAUUUGAACUGCCAGCAAGAUGUCAUUUUAAAUGAAGUCCACACUAAGGUGAUUUCAAAAAUCUGUUAUGGUUUAUGUCUUCAAUGUGAGAGGUGGCGUGAAUAUUAAAGAAAGGUUUAAUUCAA